AUGUCAACCGUUUCAAAUCCACCCAGCUCUAUCGUCUUCUACGAUAUCGCUAUGCGCCCCCCAGUGGAGAAGAAUUGCUGUGGAGUAAACCCCUGGAAGACUCGACUGGCACUAAACUUCAAAGGUGUGCCAUACUCGACCUCGUGGGUGCCUUUGCCCAAUAUCGCAAAAGUCCGCAGCAGCCUCAAAGUACCACCCUGUCGCAAAUUUGCCGAUGGCAGCGACUUCUUCACGUUGCCCAUCAUUGAAGAUCACUCCACUAAUUGCUCGGUGGGUGACUCUUUCGAUAUCGCGGUCUAUCUGCAGGAGACGUAUCCGAACUCAGGCGCGGGUGACCUGUUUCCCCCUCAGACGCUCGACUACGUCUUCACGCCCCCUGCUGCGAUAGCUGUACCGCUCUCCGACUGUCGCGAGGGUGAAUUUUCCGAAUACGCCAAGUUCAACAUGUAUGUUGAUGGCGCCUUCAGCACACACGUGCAGCUUACGGUUCAAUGUUUCCCAUUCGACCCUGCUACUGCGGAGAUCAGCAAGGCCGAGUUUGCCCGGCGUGCCGGCGUUUCAAGCUGGGAUGACUUUUCUUUGGUUGGAGAGGCGCGAGAGAAGACGAAAGAAUCGUUCCGGGAAACCCUUGGCGAGCUGGCCAAGCUAUUCCGAAAGGACACCAGUGGACCCUUUGUACUCGGAACUAAGGCUUGCUAUGCGGACUUGAUUGUUGGGGGAUGGCUCCGGAUGAUGCGAGCUGCUCUGCCCGGGAGUGAAUGGGAAGAGCUUCGAAGCUGGCAUGAUGGCAUUUUUGGGCAAUUGCAUGACGCAUUGGAGGUAUAUGCGGAGGUGAAAUAG